AGUGGGUAGUGUUUUACCGCGGCUGCAGUCGAUAGUGUGCGAGAGCCGCUGGCUUUUAUUGUGUUGUUUUAUUAUUAGCCGACGGUGUGGUCUUUCGUCUGUAUAUAGACGCACACAGCUGACCAGGGCGGGAACGGAAAGGUGUGUGUUGUAGGCUGCUGCUGAAGCGUUUUGGGCAGUGGUGUUUUGAAUGUGUAGUGGCUUAAAUUUUAAAAUUCCCGUCUUGUACGCCCCGAGUUCCAGCCGACGAGUAGUGUGGUGGUAGUUUAGUCAGUGGUUAAGCCGAAAAGGCAGCAGCGCUUGUGGUGUGGCUCAGGUCGUGUAGUUGGCUACUAUUAAUUGUUUACAAUUACUAGCGAUUCCGGCGGGUAAUCAACGAUGCGGUAGUGUUUUUGAUGAGAAAAAGUGCAGUGCGAAACCUUUAACCUUUCAACGAGCGAGGAUAAAUUAAGAUCGAAGCAGUUGGAUCAAGUUUGAGUCAUUUCUGCAACAAGGGAGUUUCCCUUACGAGAUAGGUGAAGCGUGGAUAACUUGGCCCCACUUUGGACGGACCUCAUAGCACACCAACACCAGUCAGAAAAGCCAUCGCAGCACCGGCAGCAUGACCCGCCGGUGGCAUCCGACCUGGUCGGGUGUGCUCCUGCUGUUAUUCGGUUUCCCCACGCUUCUCACCUGGGCCCAACAACAGCCCCAGAAUCCCAACGAUGUGCCACGGUACAACCCACUGGAUCCGUUCAACCGACAGCGAUUUAACAACCCUACCUCAAGCAACCUGCAACCUCAGCCGAAUCCGACGGCCAGCAACGAUCCGCGGAAUCCCAACUACAGCAGCAACCGGGACUUCUACGGUACCGAUUCCAACAGCAUCGACAAUCGGUUCGAUCCCAACCGUGGCGAUCGGGAUCGGGAUCGGGAUCGAGAUGUGCUCUUUCAAUCGACCACUCCACGGGAUUCUCCCUUCAAUCGAUUUAGCACGACACCUCGAAUGCGAAACGCUUUCAACCCGGUGAGCGGUGGCCGAAAUACGUUCCUGGAUCAGUUCAACAAUCCGCUGGGUAAGGAAAUCUCGUACUUUGUGGUAGCCUCACGGAUGGUUCGUCCCGGUCAGAUCUACAAGGUAUCGGUAAACUUGCUAGAAGCGCAGCAUCCCAUGACAGUUCGAGCCAGUAUAUCUCGAGAUGGCGUUGAACUGAGCAGUGAACUGAAAUCCGUACGCAUCGGAGUCCCGGAAACCUUGCUCAUGCGGAUCCCCCCGACUAGCGUGAUCGGAGAAUACAAGCUACGGGUGGAAGGUUCCUACGAGAAUACAUUCGGCGGGUACAUAUUCGAAAACGAAACACGACUGACCUUCUCACAGCGAUCGAUGACGAUUUUCCUCCAGACGGAUAAACCAGUUUACAUGCAAGGUGAAAUGGUGCGAUUCCGAACGAUACCAAUCACUACGGAACUCAAGGGCUUCGACAAUGCAGUUGAUGUGUACAUGCUGGACCCGAACGGUCACAUUAUGAGGCGAUGGCUGUCCAGGCAAUCGAACCUGGGAUCAGUAAGCUUGGAGUACAAGUUAUCCGAUCAACCGAUGUUUGGCGAAUGGAAGAUCCGUGUGAUCGCGCAAGGACAAGUAGAAGAAAGGAACUUCAAUGUGGAGGAGUACUAUCAAACGAGGUUCGAGGUAAAUGUAACUAUGCCGGCGUUCUUCUUCCAAACGGAUCCGUUCAUUUACGGUAAAAUCAUGGCGAACUUUACCAACGGAACACCCAUUAAAGGCAAUCUAACCCUAAAGGCCACCAUUCGUCCGAUUGGGUGGCUGAAUCCUAAAGCUAUUAACCACAUGAACCGUGUUUGGAACACCGGUAAUCGUCGGGAACUUGACCCGAGCAUCCCGUAUUAUCUACAAUACACGAAUCCGGACUUGUACAGUGCACAGUCAACGUUCACUAGUCAGCUAAAUCAACCCGAUACCCAAUACCAAGACCAGCGAUACCAAUCAAACUAUCAGGAGUCCUACGUGGUAGAACGACAUUUCAACUUUGACGAAGAAUGGCCUUUCUGGAUUAAAAAACCGAUCGACACGGCCGAACAGUGGGACUCAUGGACCAACACCUACCGGGAUUCUCUGCCAUAUCUACGAUUCUUCAACGGAACAUACCACUUCCGGUUCCCGAUGACAGAACUCUCCCAACUGUUUCAAAACAAUCUCGCCGGAAUGGAGGUGCUAAUCACGGCCCGUGUUGGCGAACGGUUCUACGAUGAAAUCAUCGAAGGGUACUCCAUGACCCGGAUCUACAACUCCUCGAUCAGAGUCGCUUUCCUCGGUAACUCGCCGCAAGUCUUCAAACCAUCGAUGCCGUUCACGAUCUACCUGAUUGCGGAAUAUCACGACGGGUCGCCCCUCCCAAUCGAUCCACUGUAUCCUGGCCGGAUGGAACUGUCCGGUACGAUUGACAGCCGAAGCGGUGGCGGUCGCAACACGUACGACGUCAAGGAAUUACAAAUGUCCGAAAAACCUGGCGUCUGGGAGCUAAAGGUUGAUCUGCGAAACGAUUUGAAUCUGGAGAACAGUAAGACGACGAACGAGUUCCUUAAUCAGAUUCAGUCGAUGCGACUAACUGCCAACUAUAUCCACCCCUCGGGUGAACGAGCCAGUGCGGAAUUACUGUUGUUAUCACAUUUUUCACCAAAUAACCAUAACAUCAAGGUUGCGACCAGCACCAAGGACGCCAAAGUGGGAGAGUACAUGAUCUUCCACGUGCAGAGCAAUUUCUACAUCAAGGAUUUCCACUACAUAGUCAUGUCCAAGGGGAUCGUACUGGUGACGGGACAGGAGAUCAUGUCUGGCGGUGUCCGGACAAUGUCUAUUACGUUGAGCGCGGAAAUGGCUCCGACGGCUACGAUUAUGGUUUGGCACAUCGGAAGGUACGGAAAGGUGAUCGCGGACAGUUUAACCUUCCCAGUGAACGGAAUAUCCAGGAAUAACUUUACGGUGUUCAUUAACAAUCGGAAGGCUAGGACCGGUGAGAAGGUAGAGGUUGCUAUCUACGGAGAAGCUGGAUCGUACGUGGGCUUGUCAGGUAUUGACAAUGCAUUCUACACCAUGCAAGCUGGUAACGAACUGACCUACGCGAAUGUGAUUACCAAAAUGUCCAACUUCGAUGAACAAACCAAUGGAACUUUCAAACAGACGUGGAUUUCGCACGAAGGUGACCCGGAUGAGUUGGUGUACUAUCCGAGUUCUACUUUUGGCGUAGAUGCAAACAGAACAUUUGAAUAUGUCGGGUUGGUGGUGUUUACGGAUGGAGUUAUUCCCAGGAGACCGCUAAGCUGCGAUCCGGCGAUGAACUAUAGUGAAUGCUUGAGCGGAAGGUGCUACAGGAGCGACAAACGAUGCGAUGGUUAUUUUGAUUGCGAGGAUGGAACGGAUGAAGCUGGAUGUGAAAAUAGGAACAGCACUGCGCUGGCUGAAUUCCGGAAGUAUCGAUUCAACAGAAUCUUGCGACACUAUCAGAACGUUUGGUUAUGGAAGGAUAUCAACAUUGGUCCACAUGGAAGGUUCAUCUUCAAUCUGGAAGUUCCAAAAAUCCCGGCACAUUGGAUCGUGUCUGCUUUUGGCGUUAGCGCCAGUCAAGGUUUCGGUAUGAUAAGGAAGCCGCUCGAGUACGUUGGAGUGCAGCCAUUCUUCAUUAAUUUGGAAAUGCCUACAACAUGCAGACAGGGUGAACAGGUUGGUAUUCGCGUGGCUGUGUUCAACUAUCAAACGGUGGAUAUCGAAGUCACUGUGGUGCUUCACAGUUCACCUGACUACCAGUUCGUACACGUAGAAGAAGAUGGCAUUGUUCGGUCGUACAAUCCAAGAACGUCUUUCGGUGAACAUCAGUUCUAUAUCUACAUCUACGCGCAAGACUCCAGUAACGUGUACAUUCCAAUCGUCCCAACCCGUUUGGGCGAAAUUGAAGUCACCAUCCACGCGUCAACCCUUCUCGGAGCUAACCAGGUCAGUCGGAAGAUCAAAGUUGAGCCCGACGGCCUGAUUCAACAUCGGCACCAGUCGACUAUGCUGGAUCUCAGUAAUCGUGCUUACUUCUUCCAAUACAUGCAUGUCAACGUAACGGAAACUCCGAUCAUCCCGUACGAAAUCGACCGUUACUACGUAUUCGGAUCGAACAAGGCACACAUAUCUGUUGUCGGUGACGUUGUUGGGGCCAUUUUCCCAACCAUGCCAGUCAAUACUACAUCACUGUUAGCACUUCCAAUGGACUCCGCCGAACAGAACAUGUUCAGCUUCUCGGCGAACUUCUACACUAUCCAGUACAUGCGAGCCAUCAAACAGCGUAACAAAAAGACCGAAAAACUAGCUUUCCACUACAUGAACAUCGGUUAUCAAAAGCAACUCAGCUACCUCAACGGCGAUGGAUCAUUCUCACUGUUCCGUGCCGAUUGGAAUCAAUCCGCGUCGUCCGUAUGGCUGACUGCGUACUGUGCACGAGUUUUCUCUGAAGCGUCCUUCUAUGAAUACGAAAACUUCAUCUACAUAGAUCCGUUGGUGAUCCAGAAGAACAUCCACUACGUUUUACAGCACCAAAAGGACGACGGCUCAUUUUGGGAAGUUACCUGGUUACCGGACCGUAAAGUGAACCAGUCUUCCAUCGAUCCCCGUAAUGAAGUAGUUCGCACCAAGAACAUCACCCUGACGGCACAUGUUUUGAUAACACUCGUAUCAGUUAAGGACCUGUCAGGACCGUUGGGUUCACGAGUGGCGCUAGCGGAACAGAGAGCCUCCAGGUACAUCGAGCGCAAUAUUGGCCUGAUUAAAGAUUAUGGCUCUUCGUACGAGAUUGCAAUUGUAAGCUACGCUCUGGCGCAAGCCAAGGCUCCCCAAGCAGAACAUGCCUUCAAAAUCCUGGCCAAUAAGAUGAGAUCGAUAGCGGAUCUCAACUACUGGGGUAACGAAGAGGUCCCUCAACCGCCGAGCAAGUUGGAAAAUCAAAAAUACUUCAGCCUACCGCGACUUCCGUACACAUACGAUUCGCUCAACAUCGAAACGACCGCCUACGCUUUGCUCACCUACGUAUCGCGCCAGGAAACGUUCACCGUCGAGCCGAUCGUCCGUUGGUUGAACAGUCAACGGCUAAUGGAUGGUGGAUGGGCUUCCAGUCAGGAUACCGGUAUCGCUAUGAAAGCGCUCACCGAAUACAGCACCCGGAACCGCGUGGCCGAUGUAACGUCACUGACGGUCACCGUGGAAGCUACGUCCCUUCCGGGAGAAUCGAAGAUCCUACACAUCGGACAGCACAACCUCGCCACUAUCCAGGACAUUGAAAUUCCAAAUGCAUGGGGUACGGUGAAAGUACAAGCUAAAGGUGUAGGCUACGCAAUUCUCCAGAUGCAUGUGGAGUACUCGGUCGAUACGUACAAGUUCCAGACGAUGCCACCGGUGAAGGCGUUCGAUCUGACCACACGGACCAUCUUCCACGGUAGGAAUCAGUCUCACAUCAGCUACGUGAUCUGUCAGCGGUGGACCAACACCGCGGAAUCGAUCCGUUCCGGUAUGGCCAUACUGGAUGUGGCCGUUCCAACGGGGUACAUGAUCCAGCAGCAAAAGCUCGACACCUACAUCAUAAGCCAGCGAGUGCGCAACCUACAGCGAGCACGGUACCAGGAGAAGAAAGUGCUUUUCUACUUUGAUUAUUUGGACGACGAAUUCGUAUGCGUAAACUUCACGCUGGAACGGUGGAUGCCAGUGGCCAACAUGUCGAGAUACCUGCCGAUUCGGGUCUACGACUACUAUGCACCAGAACGCUUCAACGAAACCAUCUUCGAUUCGCUGCAAACCUAUCUGCUAAACAUCUGUGAAGUGUGCGGUAGCUCCCAGUGCCCAUACUGUUCGAUCUACAAUGCUGCAAUUCGAAAUCCGGUAUCGAUUUUGCUACUGCUCGUGACCAGUGCGCUGAUCGUCGCCCGACACUACCGGAUAGUGAAUCCCAACAGUUGGAUCUUCUGGAACGAUUAACUUGGGUACCGUGGGUGCCGGUAAUCUAUCUAUCGAUAACGAGGAGCAGUGACAAUGAGAAAAAUGUACAUAAUCCCAAGCUACGAAGUCAAGAAUCUCUACUUUUAAAAGAGAAUGCGUGACGGUGUGCGAAUACGUGUUUGUUUAUGAUGUUCGUUUUUUAUACAAGACUUUUUUGAGUUUCUUAUCUAAGUGUAUGUUUAAGGCAUCAUACUCAAAUCGUACUGUGCAUGUCAUCGAAUUUUCUGUACGAUUCCAUCCAAGGCAUUUGUGUACAAUUAACUAUUCUUUCUAUCAAAUUUCAAGCAAACUAGCAAGAUAGUAAAACAAAGCCGUUAGAUUAGAAGAGAAGCGUUAACUUCUCAAGUGUUCGUUUUUUCUUUAAUUUGAAAUAAGCGCUAGGGAACUGAAGUAAGCGAAAGUUAUUGUUUUAUUUUUAAUAAUAUUCUUUUUGUAGAUUGUAUUUAGUACGAAUUGUAUUCGUUUCGUAGCUCUUUAGGGUUAAUCUCUCAUGCAAACAGAAAACUUCAGGCCGUCCAAAUUUUCUGGUCAUAAUUUUGUAUUAUUUUUUAAGGACAAUUUUAAUUUUAAUUAAUCUAACAAAGAAGCAGACCACAAACACAACAAGCAACUUAAUAUCGAAGUGAAAUGGAAUUUUUUCGAUUUUUUUUAUGUUCAAUUGUUUAAUAAAAACGAAAACGUCGUACUUUAGAACUAUACUCUAAAAAGAUCAGUGUCGUCCAACAUCCCCACUCUUAUCAUAGUAGUAUUUUAGGCAAGCAAUAACGAAUGAUACAAACAUAUUGGGUGCCUUAAAACAAGCGAAAUGAUAAACAACCAUCUCAGCGGAAUAAAUGCGCCAUUACAAAAA